AUGGGAGGCCAGGGUCGAAGCUGCAGCGCGCGCUGGGAGACGCGAACCCCUGAUUCAUUCGUUUGUGUGUGGAAAGCAGGUGUUCGACCUCCCUUUACUAUAUCGAACCCCCUUUCUGUCCCCCACUCACAGGUGUUCAACACCAUCAUCGGGGGGUCGGGGUCGAAGCUAGAGCGGGCGUUGGGAGAUGCGAACCUUUUUGUCUGUGGAAAGCGGGUGUUCGACCCCCCCUUGCCAUGCCAAACCCUGUUUUCUGACCCCCACUCACAGGUGUUCAACACCAUCAUCGGGGGGUCGGGGUCCAAGUUGGAGCGGGCGCUGGGAGAUGCGUUCCCGGAGGGGGAGCGGUACUCUGGCCUCGAGCCCAGGC